ACAGGUGGCGGGAACAGCUAAACCGCGAGUUGAAGUACAGCAGUUGUUAAAAAGUUAACGUUAUAAAAGUUGUGUUUGUCGUCUACCACCUAUUUAUUUAUUUUUUGUCACAAUAUCAAGAAAGAUGAGAAGAUAUCACUAAUAGCUGGAGCAGGCCAGGCAUGAGUGGCGCACACCUGGACGAAUGGCAGAGGAGGUCCUUUGACAUUUCAUCUGGCAAGUGUACACCUGAACAGACGGCAGAUGCCUACCGGGCCCACAUCCUCUCCAUUCAGUAUGCAUGGGCAAGCUCCCAGCUCUCUCAGGCCGGCAUGGCCAACCUGCUCAGGACCUACUCGGAGCGCUACGCCGCAGUGCUGGACUCGGAUGACCCCCGCACAGGGCUCAACAACUAUGCAGAGAGUGCACUGCAUCUGGCCCGCAGUCAGAGGAACUACAGCGACAAAUGGGAGUCGUCCCUGACCAUGGAGAGUGUGCUGGAGCUGCCCUGCGUGCAGAAGAUGAUUCAGGCAAAGACAGGGGGAGGAGGCUCCCUUGUGGCACCAGCAGAUGUUAACAUAUCUGUGGGACAAGAGAGCAGAGGCAGCUCCCUGUCCACUCCCUUUACUGGAGUCAGGUCAGAGACUGCACUGUUGAAAUCUAUAGGACCACCACAGCACACACACAGUACAGAGGUUAACAACAGUACCAGUAAUCCGGCUAAUAUUUCUGCAGAGAAGCCAAAAGGCUCUGAGGGGAUCACAGGUAAUCCAAGCCCCUUCUCCCGACCUUCAGCCCGACCACAGUCUGUGUUUAGUCAUCCUUCUUCAGUUCUUCCUCAGGGAAACCCAAGUACUGCUGGUGGCUCACAAAACUACCAGUCCUCCAUCUUUUCCACCUCCAAUCCAUCUAAGAGGAAGAAUUUUUACAAUCCAGAUGGAGGGGAUGUCAGCAGAGGGUCACACGGAGGUCAAGCAGCCUCUGACCUGCGAACUGGAAGUAAUUUCAAAACAGCUCGUGAGCAGUUCAUUGUUGACCAACAGAAGAAGCAUUCCCAUCAGCCCCAGAGAGGCCAGGCCCCUGGGAUGGCUGCAGCUAUGAAAAAAUCUCUGGGUGCUAACAGGCCUCGAGGUGCAUUUUCUAAAUUUGUGUCACCUGUUCCACGACAGGAGGAGGAAGAAGGUGGGGCGAGCUGUAAUUCCAAUCAGGAGCCUCAGAUCCUGGAUGAGCGUCUGAAAAACUUCGAGCCAAAGAUAAUUGAGCUGAUCAUGAGUGAGAUCAUGGACCACGGGCCUCCCGUGGCAUGGGAUGACAUCGCAGGUUUGGAGUUUGCUAAGACCACCAUAAAGGAGAUUGUGGUUUGGCCCAUGCUGCGACCUGACAUCUUUACUGGCCUCCGUGGUCCCCCCAAAGGCAUCCUGUUGUUUGGACCCCCAGGAACUGGAAAAACUCUGAUAGGAAAAUGUAUUGCUUGUCAAUCAGGCGCCACCUUCUUCAGCAUCAGUGCCUCAUCGCUCACGUCCAAGUGGGUGGGCGAAGGAGAAAAAAUGGUGCGAGCCCUGUUUGCCAUUGCCCGCUGCCACCAGCCCGCUGUCAUUUUCAUUGAUGAAAUUGAUUCACUGCUGUCCCAGAGGACAGACGGGGAGCACGACUCAUCACGUAGGAUAAAGACAGAGUUCUUGGUUCAGCUGGAUGGGGCCGCCACAGCAGCUGAGGACCGCAUCCUGGUGGUGGGCGCCACCAACCGGCCUCAGGAGAUAGACGAAGCUGCCCGUCGACGUCUGGCAAAGAGGUUGUACAUCCCCCUGCCUGAAGCAGCCGCCCGAUGGCAGAUUGUGACUAACCUCAUGUCUCGAGAGAAGAAUCAGCUGAGAGAACAAGAGCUGGACAGCGUGGUAACAGCUACCGAGGGCUUCUCCGGCGCUGAUAUGACUCAGCUGUGUCGAGAGGCAGCGCUGGGGCCCAUCCGCAGCAUCCAGCUCAGUGACAUCGCCACUAUCACCGCUGAUCAGGUGCGACCAAUCCUCUACAGUGACUUCCAGGAGGCCCUGAAGACGGUACGACCCAGUGUCUCUUCAAAAGAUUUGGAGCUGUAUGAAGAGUGGAAUAAGACUUUUGGAUGUGGCCGUUAAACUUUUUUUUUUUUUUUGAUGAUCCAUGAAUAUUUACUCUUUACUUUCACACUGUAACUUUAAAGAAAUAGAUGCAUUGGCAUAAUUCUUGAAAACGUCUGAAAUCGUAGAUUUCCUUGAUCACAGUAAUUUUUGUGGUGAGAGAAUGAGAAACAGAUGCAGAUUGUUCCCAGCAGUUUAUGUUAUGCAGUCAGAUUAUUUUCAGAAGUUUGUUUGCUUGGAUAUUAAUGUUAUUGUUGCUUUGUGCUUCCGUGUAAGCAUUAGGCACCAUGUUGUGUACAUGAACUGUGAUUCAGAUGAAACAGUGAUCUCUGUUUACAUUCCUAUAUAGCAGUUAGCAUCCUUAUUGAAAUUCUUUUAGUGUCAGUCGAUUACAUUUGCAAAACUGUAUUUUU